UUCCCUCUUUCAGUCUUUCAUUUCAUUUGAGCAGUGGUAGUGGCGAGUUAUCAGAUUCUGAAGGAGGAAGGAGAGUAAUAGAACUAGAAAGUUGUUCUUUGAAUCGAGUGAGAGAGAGAGAGAGAGAGAGAGAGAGAGAGAGAAACGCCGGGCCAUGGCGGUGUCCGUACAGAAACCGGCGAGUCAUCUGUGGGACACCGUGAUGGAAAUCACCAAGUCAGCUCAAGACAGGAAUAUCGAUCCUCAGCUCUGGGCUACGCAACUGAGUUCGAGCCUUAACUCGGCUGGGGUUCCUUUGCCCUCCGUCGAACUUGCUCACCUCCUCGUUUCUCACAUCUGCUGGGCCAAUCACGUGCCCAUCACGUGGAAGUUCCUCGAGAAAGCCUUGACUGCUAUGAUCGUCCCUCCCAUGCUCGUCCUGGCUCUUCUCUCCGCCAGGGUCGUUCCGAAUCGACAGCUCCAUCCUACGGCUUACAGGCUUUACAUGGAACUCCUUAAGAGACAUUCGUUUUCAUUCACUUCUCAAACAAGUGGACUUAAUAAUCAAAAUAUCAUGAAGUCCAUUGAUGAAGCUCUACAUCUUUCCCAGUUAUUUGGUCUUCAAGUGUCUGAACCGGGACUUCUCCUUGUUGAAUUUGUCUUUUCAAUUGUUUGGCAGUUACUCGAUGCAGCAUUAGAUGAUGAAGGGCUGCUGGAACUCACCCCUGAAAAGAAAUCUAGAUGGCCGACCAGGCCACAAGAUAUGGAAAUAGACGCUCAAGAUUGCUUUGUUGAGAAAAGAAGCGACAGUGAAGUCUUGCACAAAGCAAAUACUGCAAUGGCUAUUGAGAUUAUUGUUGAGUUUCUUAAAAACAAAGUCACGUCAAGACUUUUGUACUUGGCUCGUAGAAACAUGCCAUCACACUGGGGAUCUUUCAUUCAGCGCAUGCAAUUUUUUGAAGCAAAUUCAUCAGUUUUGCGGAGUUUAAAACACAUAACUCCAGAUAUCUUUACACAGUUGACAUCUGAUACUCGUAGGUUACUAACUCGGGAAUGCAAAACAAUAUCACAACAUGAUUUUCAUGCAGUCUUGGCCUCUGGAACUACGCUAUAUUCUGCUCGGCAAUCUCAUGGAGCUAGUUCUUCCUCCUUUUGGCUUCCCAUUGAUCUAUUUCUUGAAGAUGCUAUGGAUGGGUCACAAGUGGCAGCUACAAGUGCUGUUGACACACUCAUUGGCUUGGUAAAGGCGUUGCAGGUAGUUAAUGGUGCCACAUGGCAUAAUACAUUUUUAGGUUUAUGGAUUUCAGCACUUCGCCUAGUCCAAAGGGAAAGGGAUCCUAGAGAGGGUCCUGUGCCUCGCCUCGAUACCUGCUUAUGCAUGUUAUUGUCUAUUUCAACACUUGCGGUCACUAACAUUGUUGAGGAAGAGGAAAGUGAGCUGAUGGAGGAAACUGAACAAUGCUCUACUAAUCCAAGGAUAGACAAACAGUCUUUUGGACAGCGACGCAAGGAUUUAGUUACCAGCUUACAGUUGCUAGGUGAUUAUGAGGGCUUGUUGACUCCACCUCAAUCUGUUAGUCUGGUGGCCAAUCAGGCCGCGGCCAAAGCAAUGAUGUCCAUUUCAGGUCUUACUGUCAGCAAUGGGUAUUAUGAAUGCAGUGGUGUGAAUGACAUGCCAAUAAAUUGUAUUGGCAACAUGCGACAUCUAAUUGUUGAGGCUUGUAUUGCUAGGAAUCUACUAGACACUUCAGCAUACUUCUGGCCAGGCUAUGUUAAUGCAUGCAGCAAUCAAUUGCCUCGAAAUGUGCCCAGUCAAGUGACUGGUUGGGGAUCUGUGAUGAAGGGGUCUCCUCUAACUCCACCACUAGUUAAUGCUUUGAUUGCAACUCCAGCUUCUAGCUUAGCAGAGAUCGAGAAAAUAUAUGAGAUUGCAAUGAAUGGUUCAGAUGAUGAGAAGAUAUCUGCUGCUAACAUUCUUUGUGGGGCAUCUCUUGUUCGUGGUUGGAGUAUUCAGGAAAAUGCGUGUCUUUUUAUCAUUGGAUUAUUAUCACCUCAGGUUCCUGCAGAUUACUCAGGAAGUGAGAGUCAUUUGAUCAGCUAUGCCCCACUCUUCAAUGUUCUUUUGGUUGGGAUAUCAUCAAUAGAUUGUGUACAGAUCUUCUCCUUGCAUGGCUUGGUUCCAUUACUUGCAGGAGCAUUGAUUCCAAUUUGUGAGGUUUUUGGGUCUAGUAUUCCCAACAACUCAAGGACUCUUCCGACGGGGGAAGAAAUUUCUUGUCAUGCAGUUUUCUCAAAUGCAUUCACACUUCUACUGAGAUCAUGGCGAUUUGAUCAUCCACCUCUAGAACAUGUGAUGGGAGAUGUGAGGCCGACAGUGGGAUCCCAACUGAGUCCUGAAUACCUCCUAUUGAUCCGAAAUGCUCGAUUAGCAUCUGUUGGAACUUCAGCCAAAGAUCGAAUUAAAAGCAGGAGAGUUUCAAAACUUGUCACCUUUUCUACUGAACCUAUACUACUGGACACUUUUCCAAAAUUAAAACUCUGGUACCAGCAGCAUCAAAAAUGUAUUUGUUCAACACUCUCUGGACUUGUGCCUGGGACCCCUGUUCAUCAAAUUGUUGAUGCUCUCCUAAGCAUGAUGUUCAGGAAAAUAAGUAGAGGCAGUCAACCAUUAACUCCUACAACUUCAGGAAGUAGUACUUCAUCAAUUUCAGGGACUGAUGACUCCACAAUUAGACUCAAAGUGCCUGCAUGGGACAUCUUAGAAGCAACUCCAUUUGUGCUUGAUGCUGCUCUUACGGCUUGUGCCCAUGGAAGACUCUCUCCCCGUGAACUAGCUACAGGACUGAAAGAGCUUGCUGAUUAUCUUCCUGCUACUUUGGCAACUAUAGUAAGCUAUUUUUCAGCUGAAGUAACAAGGGGAAUAUGGAAGCCAGCUUACAUGAAUGGAACUGAUUGGCCAAGCCCUGCUUCAACUUUGUCCAAUGUAGAGCAGCAGAUUAAAAAAAUUCUUGCUGCCACUGGUGUUGAUGUUCCAAGCCUUUCUGUUGGAGGGAGCUCUCAAGCUACACUUCCUUUACCCUUAGCUGCCUUAAUUAGUCUUACAAUAACUUAUAAACUCGAUAAAGCUUCUGAACGGGCCCUCCAGUUAAUUGGGCCAGCUUUGAAUUCCCUAGCUACAGGUUGCCCUUGGCCAUGCAUGCCCAUUAUUGCCUCGUUAUGGGCCCAGAAGGUAAAGCGUUGGAGUGACUUCCUGGUGUUCUCUGCAUCGCAAGCAGUCUUCCACCAUAACAGUGAUGCUGUUGUUCAACUUCUUAAGAGCUGCUUUUCGUCCACGCUCGGUCUAAGUUCUUAUCAUAUUCACAGCAAUGGCGGGGUGGGUUCCCUCCUUGGCCAUGGCUUUGGUUCUUUCUCCGGUGGCAUAUCUCCAGUUGCCCCCGGAUUUCUCUAUUUGCGUGUACACCGCUCGGUUCGAGAUAUUAUGUUCUUGACAGAAGAGAUUGUUUCCCUUCUCAUGCUCUCUGUUAGAGAAAUUGUAAGUUGUGGGCUACCAAAAGAAAAAAUGGAAAAGUUGAAGAAGACCAAACGUGGGUUGAGAUACGGGCAGGUUUCUUUAGCCACAGCUAUGUCACGUAUCAAGCUUGCAGCAUCUCUUGGAGCUUCAUUGGUUUGGAUCACUGGCGGACCAAGCUUAAUUCAAUGUUUGAUCAAAGAAACCCUACCCUCAUGGUUUAUAGCAUCUCAUGGAUCAGAGCCAGAAGGCCGAGAAACAGGAUGCACAUUAUCUGUUCUUGGGGGAUAUGCACUUGCAUAUUUUGCUGUGCUCUCUGGGACAUUUGCAUGGGGAGUUGACCCAGCAUCACCCACGUCAAAACGAAGAUCAAAGAUUCUCGGAGCCCACUUAGAUUUUCUCGCAAGCGCGCUAGCUGGGAAAAUCUCAUUGGGUUGUGAUUGGGCUACUUGGCGAGCAUAUGUGUCAGGGUUGCUGAGUUUAAUGGUGGGGUGCACAAAGAAUUGGAUGAUGGAAAUCGAUGUGGAUAUACUGAAGAGGCUAAGCAAGGGAUUGAGACAAUGGAAUGAGGAAGAAUUGGCUUUGGCUGUGUUGGGACUGGGCGGUGUUGGAGCAAUGGGGGCUGCAGCUGAACUGAUUGUUGAGAGCGACUUUUGAGCUUAGAUGGACGGUGGCCUAUAUAGCAUGAAACAUUGAUUUUAUUAACACGUAUGUGUAGUUUGCUUUGUUAUAUCCUUAGGCUCUUCUUAUUUUUGUCGAAAAUUUAGCUCAUGUAAAUUUUAAUCAGGUUCAGGUUAUACAUGUUUAUUUCUCGGGGGUGCUUCUAGUUCCA